AUAGUUGUUAAAGGCGCCGAAGGCGCGCGCCUGAGGCGCCAGGCGCCUCCAGGCGCCACCUUGGCGCCUUGAAAGGCUUAGGGCGAGGGCCUUGUAAUAGGCGUGCGCUUUUGGGGAUUAGGCGCAGGGCUACAGGCGCGGCACAGGCGCGCCUGUUUGAAAAGUUUUUUUUUUUGAUUUUUUUUUUUUAUUAUUUUGGUUGCAACUUGCAAGUCUUGUGAAUUGUAACAGAGCCACGUGAUAUAUUCAGAAUCUCAGAUAUGUCAGUCACUUUAAGCUUUUAUCAGUUGUCAAAAAAAAAAAAAAAAAAAAAAGCCGGAAGCAAAAAGCGAAGGAAAAGGGAAGAAGAGAGUAAGAGACAGAGAAGAGAGAGAGAAGUACAAGCCGGAAGCUCGUCGGAUGAUCGGAUCUGCUGUCUGCGAAGCCCGGAUCUGCAAAGCGCCUUUUGUACUUUAAAAGAUGCCUAGUGAUGGUUCAAGAAAGGAUCCGGCAUGGAAUUACUCACAUUUGGAGAAUCCGAAAGAUACAAAUGCCGUCACUUGUAACUUUUGUGCAAAAGUUACAAAAGGAGGUAUUUAUCGGGCUAAGCAACACAUAGCUGGAGGGUAUAGAAAUGUGAGUGCAUGCACAAGAUGCCCAUCUAGUGUUAGAGAAGAAAUCAAAGAGUACAUGAGUAAGAAAAAGGAAGAAAAAGAGCAAAUGAAUUUAUUACCUAGUGAUGAAAUUAAUUUCCUUGAUGGAGAGGAUGAGGAUGAUGUUAUGGAAGCUAACAAUCGGCGAAAAAGGGUAGCUAGUGCGGGUAGUGGCAGUGCUAGUGUCAAUUCCUCAAAGAUGCAAAAGCAAAAAGGACCGAUUGAUUUAUAUUUCAUUCCCAGACCAGAAAUUGUGGUACAAAAAAGAAAGGAGGGGGGAAAACAGACAACCAUUAAUGAUGCAUGCAAGAAAGAGUUGAGAGGAAGAGCGUGUGCUGCUUUUGCAAGGUGGAUGUAUGAUGCAGGAAUUGCAUUCAAUGCUGUUAAGUAUGAUAGCUUUGCCGAGGUUGUUGAAGCUAUUGGACAAUAUGGUCCCGGCAUGAAACCACCUAGUUAUCACGAGGUGAGAGUUCCUUUGCUUAGGAAGGAAUUGGAUAAUACCAAUGCUUUGAUGAAUGACCACAGAGAGGAGUGGUCAAAAUUUGGAUGCUCAUUAAUGGCAGAUGGGUGGACAGACAAGAGAGGGAGAACAUUGCUUAAUUUCCUAGUAAAUAGUCCAAGGGGAACCAUGUUUAUUGAAUCGAUAGAUACUUCUUCUUUUUCAAAGGAUGGUGCAAAGAUGUUUGACUUACUUAAUAAAUUUGUGAACCGCAUUGGAGUAGCAAAUGUCGUUCAAGUCGUCACAGAUAGUGAAUCAAGCAAUAAGUCUGCCGGGAGGAUGUUAGAGAAAGAACACCCACAUUUGUAUUGGACACCAUGUGCUGCUCAUUGCUUAGACUUGAUGUUAGAAGACAUUGGGAAAAUACCGUCCAUCUCCAGAACAAUGCAGAGGGCGGUGGAGUUGAAUAGUUAUAUCUAUAUGCGUCCAAAGUUGUUGAACAUUAUGAGGAACUUUACUUCUAAAAAGGAGUUGCUUAGGCCCGCUAAGACUCGAUUUGCUACAUGUUUCAUCACAUUAUCAAGUAUUCACAAGCAAAAGAAUAACUUGAGGAAGAUGUUUACUUCAGAAGAAUGGAAUCGUAGUAAAUGGGCGAAAGAGGAAGCUGGUAAAAGAGUUGCUUCUUAUGUUUUGAUGCCUUCCUUUUGGAACAACAUUGUCUUUAGCCUUAAGGUUUCCGGUCCUCUUAUUCCGGUUUUGAGAUUAGUUGAUGGCGAGAAAAAGCCUCCCAUGGGAUACAUUUAUGCGGCUAUGGAUAGGGCUAAAGAAGCCAUUGCAAAAUCAUUUGGGGAAGUAGAAGACAAAUACAAGGAUAUCUUUGAAAUAAUUGAUAAGAGGUGGAAUGUUCAACUUCAUCGCCCUUUGCAUGCAGCAGGUUAUUAUUUGAACCCAGAAUACUUUUAUUCAAAUCCGAAAAUUGAAGAAGAUGAAGAGAUUGCAAAGGGUUUGUAUGCAUGCAUUGCAAGGUUAAUCCCAGAUAUCAAAGACCAAGACAAAAUUACUGAGGAGCUGUCCUUAUAUUCUAAAGCUGAGGGCCUCUUUGGUAAUCCCUUUGCUAUUAGACAGAGAAAUACACGAGGACCAGGUAAAGUGGUAAAGUAUAUUAAGUUAGUAUAGCUAAGUGUUAAAAUUAUUUUGACAAUAGAGUCGAUAGAAAGAUGAAGCUAAAGUUGCUA